UUAUUUUGACAGCUCUCGCGGUCAGAGCGUCUGAUGAUGUUUGUGUUGUUUUCUGCUCGUGCUCAGACUGCAGCGAUGCGCUUCAUCCGAGUCUGUUUUUACUCCCUAAACCCAUCAAUCACAACAAUAUCGUGAUUUAUCCACCAAUAUCUGUCUUUGCUCAUCGAUGGUCUUAAAAUGGCGAGCUCUUCCUCCAGACCUUCAGCUCAAGGAGGCACAGAGACGGACCGUCUGCUGACCCCUGUGACGGGAUACGGCUCCGGCGAUCUGAACGGUGGGCGUCCCGUACUGGACAUGAGCGCCCCGGGGUCACAGCCGCGGGUCGAGGAAGAGGAGGAGGCCCUGAGGAGGAAGCUGAAGUACUUCUUCAUGAGCCCGUGUGAUAAAUACCAGGCCAAAGGCCGCAAACCCUUCAAACUGGCCCUUCAGCUGCUCAAGAUCAUCAUAGUCACUGUACAGCUGGUGCUGUUCGGUCUCAGUAAUCAGAUGGUGGUGGCGUUUAAGGAGGAGAACACAGACUCCUUCAGGCAUCUGUUCCUCAGAGACUAUGUGGAUGAUCCGGCCGAGCCGCUGUGUGUCCACACACAGAGAGACGUCUAUGAUCACAUUCAGUACGCCAUCGAGCAGUAUCUGGUUCUGCCGCAGACGUCGGUCGGCAGGUACGCAUACGUUCGAGGUUCGGCUGAGAACGACAGCGCCCUCUAUCUGUGCCAGCGCUACUACAGGAAGGGCACCAUCGACCCGGUUAACGACACGUUUGACAUCGACCCUCAUGUCGUCACCGACUGUAUCGGAGUAAAUCCACCACUGGACCCCUUCAAUCCACCGCUAGACCACUACAAGAACAUCACCCUCAAUUUCCAAAAGUUGAUUAAUGUGACUAUCCAGUUUCAGCUGAAGGCGAUAAACAUCCAGACGAUUAUCAAUAAUGAGAUUCCCGACUGCUACACCUUCUCCAUCACCAUCCUGUUUGAUAAUAAGGCUCACAGUGGUAAAGUCAAGCUGAGUUUGCUCAACGAGGCGUCCAUUAAAGAGUGCAGAGACACCAAUGUGUCGGGACACGCGGACAGUUACGCGCGCGUGGCCUUCGAUGUGCUGGUGGCGGUGGUCUGCGGUCUGUCUCUGGUGUUGUGUGGACGCUCCAUCCUCAGAGGAAUCGUCCUGCAGAACGAGUUUGUGUGUUAUUUCCGUCAGUCUCUGGGCCGCUCGGUGAGUUGGGGCGACCGUCUGGAGUUCAUCAACGGCUGGUAUCUGCUGCUCAUCAUCAGCGACGUUCUCACCAUCAUCGCCUCCUUCAUCAAGAUCGCCAUCGAGACCAAGAACCUGUCGUCGUAUGACGUCUGCAGUAUUUUGAUGGGAACCUCCACCCUGCUGGUGUGGGUCGGCGUUUUACGAUACUUCAGCUUCUUUCAGAAAUACAACAUUCUGAUCGUGACUCUUCGAGCUGCGUUUCCAAGCGUGAUCCGGUUCUGCUGCUGCGCUGCUGCUAUUUACUUGGGCUACUGCUUCUGUGGCUGGAUCGUCCUGGGACCCUACCACGUUAAAUUCCGCUCUCUCUCUACGGUGUCCGAGUGUCUGUUUUCUCUCAUUAACGGAGACGACAUGUUUGCCACGUUCUCGGAGCUGGAGCAGAGCGGGAUGCUGGUGUGGGUGUUCAGUCAGAUCUAUCUCUACACCUUCAUCUCGCUCUUCAUCUACAUGGUGCUGUCGCUCUUCAUCGCACUCAUCACCGGAGCCUACGACACCAUCACCCAUCAAGCCCAUGAGGUUCCUCACGUGUGUGAACUGCACCGGUUCAUCGCCGAAUGCACCGACACGCCGACCUCCGGAAACUUCCACAGCCCAGAGCCGUCCACAUGCUCGCUCCUCUGCUGCUUCAACUAGAGAGACUGUGCUUGUGAAGGGGAUUCUGGGUAACAUUCAUUACUCGUCUCGCACACACAGGAAAGGAGGAAAACGCUCUUCUUUGUUUGUUUCCAGGUUGUGGCUGCACUCAUAGAGCAUCUCAGCAUGCAGCUUUUAAUUAAUGAGCUGAAUGUGUUUUUGUGAGAGUCGCCUGAUUGUUUUUAUUCGUUCACAGCUGUGUAUUUUAUGAUUUUAGGCUGUUUGUAAUUUUUAGAGAAUCUUUUUUUAAUACAGUUUAAUAUGUUAAGAUAUUAAUGCUUUGUCAGCAGAGGAGCGUUAUAUGGAUGAUAAUGUCAUUAUUUCUUCUCUAGUCAGUGCUUUGUUUCAGAUGUUUCUCCACACGAGCGAGUGUGUGUGUGUUUUACAGGAAGCAUAGCUUGCAGGUUUAUUUUGUCAUUAAUAUUAAUGUGGUUAGUCUAUCGUACCUGUCCCUGGUGCAUUUGCUCCUCUCAAACACACACACACACACACACUGAUGUUUGAGAAGCCUUGGGCAUCUUGAGAGCUCUUCUCUGCUCAUCAGGGAGGUACUCGACUGACACAGACAUGCUUUGAUUGUUGUCUGUGUUUUUGGUCGAUGGCUAGCUAAUAU